GGGAGGGCCGAGGGCCGAUAGCCGAGAGCCGAGGCCCGAGAGCCGGGCAGCCGGGAGUCAGGAGUGCCGACUGUGCCGAGUGCAGCCCACGGGAGUCCGGGAGGUGGAUGUGUGCAACUGUAAAGUGUAAACGGCAAGCGGCGUCGCACCGUUACUCAUCGGUGGUCCACGGCGGAGUUGAGCUCGCGCGUCGUCCAGCAUCCAUGGAAGGCUAAUAGGAGAUGCACGAUCGAUAACGAUCGCUCGACGGUGGUGAUCUUCGUCGAUGGACGCGCUUCCUAACCUCAAAGAUAACCUCGACACUGCCGUCGGUGAAAUUCGUGAAUAGCGAGAAGAGUCUUGCCGAGUAUCCGGACAGAGAGAGAAAGAUAGAAGAGAGAGAGAGAGAGAGAAAGAGAGAUAUUUUUUUACCUCGGAAGUAUAAGAUGAGAGGGAACACGAUAUGGAACCUGCUGUUGCUUGUGGGAUGCUGCGUCCUGGCCGAUCCUGAGGCCGAUCCUUCGGAGGAACUGUUUAAUCGGCUGCCGAAAAAUCGCAAUGAGGACAAGUGUUACGAUGAGAACGGCAGGCCGCAGAGAUGUAUACCGCCGUUCGAAAACGCGGCUUUCAACGUGCUGAUGGAGGCGACCAACACGUGCGGCGAGGACCGUCCCAUCGAAUUCUGUAAGCAGACGGGCGUGCAAAAGAAGUCGUGCGAAAUUUGUCGACGCGGCGAUCACUCAGCUUCUUUCCUCACUGACCACGAUAAUAAUGACAACGCUACGUGGUGGCAGUCGGACACCAUGUACGAAGGCAUCGAGUAUCCCAACCAGGUCAAUCUCACCCUUCAUCUAGGAAAGACAUUUGAUAUAACAUACGUCAGAGUACUGUUCGAGUCACCUCGGCCGGAAAGCUGGGGUAUCUACAAGCGGAAGAACGAGAAGUCGCCGUGGGAACCUUAUCAGUUUUAUUCAGCGACGUGCCGGGAUACGUACGAGCUGCCCGAAUCCAAAGAGACUAUUCGCGGUGACGACACUCGCGUGCUAUGCACCUCAGAAUUCUCUGACAUCUCUCCGCUCACCAAAGGCACCGUCGCCUUCUCGACCUUGGAGGGCCGACCCUCCGCCUAUUACUUCGAAACCAACCCCGAACUUCAGGAAUGGGUCCAAGCGACGGAUUUAAGAAUCACUCUGGACAGGCUAAACACAUUUGGCGAUGAAGUUUUUGGCGACGCACAAGUGCUGAAAUCUUAUUACUAUGCAAUAGCCGAUGUAGCGGUUGGUGCAAGAUGCGCCUGCAAUGGCCACGCUGGAGAAUGCGUAAACAGCACCAGUGUCGACGGCAGAACUCGCAGAGUCUGCCGAUGUGAGCACAAUACUGCUGGUCCAGACUGCAACGAGUGCCUACCUUUUUACAAUGACGCUCCUUGGGGCCGUGCUACAACUACAGAUGCGCAUGAAUGCAAACCUUGUAACUGUAACGGAUACUCGGACAGGUGUUACUUCGACAGGGAACUGUAUAAGUUGACCGGUCACGGAGGUCAUUGCUUGGAUUGUCGAGCGAAUCGCGAUGGCGCCAAUUGCGAACGGUGUCGCGAAAAUUAUUAUCAACGACCUGAGGAUAACUACUGCAUUGCAUGCAACUGCAAUGAGAUUGGUAAUGCUAUAAUAAUCUUAAAUCAAAUAAUUGCAAUCAUAAAUUCGGUAAUUUCUCAAAAGACUCCGCACAUACCUUAUGGAAAUUUGGGAUUCUAUUUUUUUAGAAAUACAAACGAAGCCAAGAAGCUUCAUAUGCUGGCGGAGCAGGCGCGAGACACGACAUUGGAGGCUUACAAUCUCGCAAAACAAACGAUAUCGAAAUAUUCCAAUAUAACGGAUGAAAUAAGAGAUCUGGAGAACAAGUUGGCGCAAUUGGAGGAUCGUAUGGACGAAGUGAGGAAUCUCACUGCCAUCGCAGCUACCAAGUCCUCAGCUGUUUCUCAGGAAGCGUUAGAUUUGCUAAUUCUCGAUUUAACACUUCCUCCAGUCGAUAUCGAGCAAUUGCGACAGCAAAUAGAAAGCGUUAGCAGUGUGAGCUUGCAGAUCAAAGAGCAAGCGCAACUCUUAUUGGAGCAAAACGAAAAUCUUAUGAAUGAGAUGGUUGAUAAAGUUAGAAGGAGCGAAGAACUUUUAGAUAGAGCUCAAGAUCAACAAGCCGCAACGGCCGAAUUGUUAGCUGAAUUGGAUGAAGCCAACGAGACGGCAAAUGAUGCUGUCAAACGUGGCGAUCAGACAUUGAAAGAAGCUCAGGAAACCUUGAAGAAAUUAGGAGAAUUUGAUGCUGAAGUGCGACGUGAACGUGUUAAGGCUCAGAGCGCCUUGCAGGAUAUCCAAAAGAUUGAAGACUUGAUUACUAACGCUAGUGCAAAAGCUAGAGAGACGGAGAGAGUGCUAAAUGGUUCGGAAGGUAACGCUAAAAGUGCACGCGAAAUUGCGCAAAAUGCUCAGACUUACGCGGAUAGAGCGAGCACUAACGCGAAUGACAUCAGAAUGGAAGCAAAUAAAACUAAAAUUGAAGCUCUACGACUUGGAAAUGAAGCCGAGAAGUUACAUCUUCGAGUUGACACUACGGAUUCCAUGAUCAAACAAUAUGAGAUUCAAAUGACCAAGGAUGCCAAUAUCACCGCUGAGGCAAACUAUAAAGUUGGCCAGGCGAAAACUAAUGUGACUCUGGCGUCACAGCAAGUUGAUAAGGCUUUACUAGAGGUUGCCGCAAUUAUCAGGGAACUCGAGAAUCUACCAGAAAUCGACGAUGCCGAUUUGAAUCGCUUAGAAGAACGUUUAGUUGCCGCUGAGAAAGAAAUAAAGGCUGCCAAUCUGGAUCAACGAAUUCGCGCAUUGACGGAUGCGAAAAAUCUACAAACGCAGUGGGUUAAAAAUUAUGAAGAUGAGGUUAGCAGACUGCGAAUCGAAGUGGAGAACAUUGAUGAUAUUCGAAAGGCUUUACCAACUGAUUGUUAUCAACGCGUCCGUCUUGAGCCUUGAAAUUUAUCUUUUUACACAUUAUUCAUUUUUGUAUCAUUUUUUAAGAAGUAUAUUAUAAGCUAUACGAAAUGUUUCAAGUGUAUAUCCUUAACGUUAAGAUUCAAAGAUUUAAAACAUUUUUUUAGGUCAAGGAUCUUUUUAAAUCGUUAAAACUACGAUUUUUUAAAAGAGGAUAUUAGAAUUUUAUAAUAUGAUAAUAUUUAACAAUUCAGAUUAGAUUUUUCAGCAAUAAGCAAACUUCUUAAAUAAUAACAUAAAGAUGAACAAGUUUUUAUAAUCUUCAAAAUUUUAAAGAAAUCUACUUAAUAAUUUUAAACAAAUACACUUAAUGAUUACUUACAUAGAUUCUUAAUGAUAAAAAUUUCGUGAUUUGCAAGGAUACGAUUAAGAAUUAUUUAAUAGACUUUUGAUACACAUCUUUUUCCAAGCAAAUAAAUUUUUAUAAAUUCUAAAUGGCAUUCUUAAAUAAUCUACAUAAAAGGCAUUUUGCAUGUUAGGCUAGGGAUGAAUUUUGUGCAUAAAUACAUAUGCACGCAAUGGCAAUAAUAAACAUUUCAUACCAAAGAUUCUUUUAUAGUAUAUAUGUUUGGAUUUAUCAUUCAAUUUACAUCUCUUCUCUAUUAUAUUUGUUAUAAUGGUUAUUAAUCAUGUAUAAAUAUGUAUAUAGAUUGUGUACAUCCAUAACAUGUAACUGCCAUGUCAAUGCAUGUUAGUACAUUAUUUGCAAUGAUAUAGAAUUUAAGAAAACAAUUAUGUUAAUUUUAGACAUGUUUUUCGGCCUUUACGAGAUAGUGGAACAAUGAAAAAGAGAAUAACGUGAGUAAUCAAAAAGGUAAUAGCAAAGCUAUAAUUUCUGGGAUAAUGAAAAGACAAAUCGAUAUAAGAAUACAGUUAAAAAAUCCAUUUUUAUAUUAAAAUAGAAAUAAAAUAAAAGAUCUAUUUUUCCCUGUAUAUUAGUAGAAAAACACCGAAAAAAAUAUAUAUACAGUUUAGAGUAAUAUAAUCAUAGCAUUUUAUUAUCAUAAACAAUCAUUCAUGUUGCUAUGAAAUUUGCCUAAUCACUCAGAUAAUCGAGACUAGUUUACGUAUAGAUUAUAUUUUUAUAUAGGCAAGAUAAAAACAAAAUAAAAGAACAUUUUUAUAUGAAAACGUUCUACAGAUUGUAAUGUUUAAGGAAAAUAAAUAUUUUGAAAAUAA